UCUUCUAGCGUUGGCUGUUUUCUCCUUAGUUUGCGGCCGGAGGCAGCUGAGGGACGGUGUUGUGUUUGGUUGGGGCCCAUGGCAGCUAUGGCCACAGUCUCUCAGCGAGGCCGCUGGCCUUGGCUCCUGCUGCGAAGGGCCUUCCCAGCCCCGCCGGGCCGAGGGUGCCGCUCCGGGGUGCCGGUGAGGCAACAGCAACACCCGCAAGCCGUGGCAGCCCCCGUCGCUCAGGAGUUUACAAAUCCAAGAAGGAAAGGAUUUCUAAGUGAACAUGCUGCCCCUUUCUCUGCUUUCUUGACUGAUGGUUUUGGCCGCCAGCAUAAUUACUUAAGGAUCUCACUGACUGAGAAAUGCAACCUCAGAUGUCAGUACUGCAUGCCAGAGGAGGGAGUUCAGUUAACUCCCAAAUCAGAACUGUUGAGCACCCAGGAAAUCAUCACUCUUGCUGGACUUUUUGUGAAGGAGGGUGUGGACAAGAUCCGAUUGACUGGAGGAGAGCCUCUCAUCCGGCCUGAUGUAGUGGACAUCAUAGCUCAGAUGCGCAAACUAGAAGGACUGGAAACCAUCGCUGUCACAACGAAUGGUAUCAGCCUAGCCAGACUUUUGCCUCGGCUCAAAGAGGCUGGCCUAAAUGCUAUCAACAUCAGCUUAGACACAUUGGUCCCAGCAAAAUUUGAAUUCAUUGUCCGUCGAAAAGGUUUUCACAAGGUGAUGGAAGGCAUUCAUAAAGCCCUUGAACUUGGAUAUGAUCCUGUCAAGGUGAACUGUGUGGUUAUGAGAGGCCUCAAUGAAGAUGAGUUGGUGGAUUUUGUGGCACUUACAGAGAAAUAUCCCCUCGAUGUGCGCUUCAUAGAAUACAUGCCCUUCGAUGGCAACAAAUGGAACUUUAAGAAAAUGGUAAGCUACAAAGAGAUGGUGGAUACAAUCAAGCAAAGAUGGCCAGAGCUAGAAAAACUGCCAUGUGAAGAAGCCUCUAGCACUGCCAAGGCAUAUAAGGUACCACAUUUUGAGGGACAGGUCAGCUUCAUCACCUCGAUGUCUGAGCACUUCUGUGGCUCCUGCAAUCGACUUAGAAUCACAGCUGAUGGGAAUCUGAAGGUGUGCCUUUUUGGAAGCUCAGAAGUGUCCUUGCGAGAUCAUUUACGAUCUAAUGCCUCAGAAGAAGAAUUAGUUCAAAUUAUUGGUGAAGCUGUUGGCAGGAAAAAGAAGCAACAUGCAGGCAUGUUCAACAUUUCCCAGAUGAAGAACAGACCAAUGAUUCUCAUUGAGGCAACAUCAAGGUCACUCUCCUUGCUCCAAGAUGCCCUGCAGAACCGACCAAGUUUAAGUGACUGGGGCCACAGUCUUAAUCACUGGCUGACUUUGGGAAGAGGUUUAUACAAACAGAUGGAGAAAACAUUUAAGAAAAAUGUGUUUACAGGACAUGAUGCCUUGCCAGGAUCUUGUUCAGCACGACAGCUUGCAGCAGGAAUUCCGCAAGCUCAGCUCAGUAGCUGUUUUCUUCUCCAAAAAAUCAUGAGCUCCAGCUUGGAUACAAAGUGCCUUUGGACAGGAAUUAUUUUCAAGCAAACUGCUCACAUGAUCAGAGGCCUUCAUUCUGGGGUGAUGAAUAACCAAGCAGGGGAAAGGAGUGGAAUGUGUCUUCCCACAGCCAAACAUAUUGGUGCUUCUGACUGUCUAACCCACGUUGGCCAGGAUGGCCGUGCAUCAAUGGUAGAUGUGGGCAAUAAGCCAUAUUCAGAAAGGACUGCAGUGGCUAACGCUGUGAUCACUUUGGGUGAGAAAGCUUUUGAAUUGGUGCGGCAAAACCAAAUGAAAAAAGGCGAUGUGCUGGCAGUUGCCCAGAUAGCAGGGAUUCAAGGAGCUAAGUUGACCAGUCAGCUGAUCCCACUUUGUCACAAUAUCCCUCUGAAUUUGGUGAACAUUGAUCUGAGUCUGGAUCAGAAAAGACAUGCUGUGGUUAUCCAGGCCAGGUGCUGCACCCAUGGCAAAACAGGUGUGGAGAUGGAGGCAUUAACCGCUGCCAGUCUUGCUGCCCUGACUGUGUAUGAUAUGUGCAAAUCGGUCACUCGUGACAUGGUCAUUGAAGAGGUGAAACUGCUCAGCAAGGAAGGAGGGCAAAGAGAAGACUUCCACCGUAACUGAAGACAGAGGCUAAAAGUUCUAAAUCAAGUGUCAUCUGCAUAAAAAAAACAUUUUUGCAUUCUAGGAAUUGCGGUUGCAACUACUAGGGAUCAAGCAGUUUGACUUGCUGGCCUCUUUGCUUCUGGGUUGACAGCUGUUUAAAUAACUGUUGGUUUUGGUGACAAUCAUCUCAAAGAGCUACUUGCCAAGAGUUUCUUAGUUCUCACCUUGUUUAUAGCCUUGAUAAAAUGUAGGCUAUGAUGAGCACUGUAACUUUUUUGAUUGCGUAGAAGACUGCCAUCUCCAGAGUUCACAGUCAUUCGCAAUUUUUCCUCAGCACAAAAAUACGGUAAACAUUUGCACAACAAAUUAGACUGCUUAAGAUUAUUCUGGUCUAGAAGUAGAAAUUCAGACCAACAAAUAGCACAUAUGGACUUAACACUGGAAAAUAUAAACUGUGAGCUUAUCUGAUCACUUCCUAGAGCUUAUGGCCCGCAUAGAAUUUGGGUCAGUGAGCAAGCCUCAGUUUACCCUUGAAAAUGAAAAACUGAUAUGUCCCAAAACCUAGUCCUAAUCAUUGCUCUGGGUUUUUUAAUUCAUGGUGAUGUUGAAUAUUUGUUGGACACAUUAUGCACAAAUAAUUCACUACCAAAUUUGGACUAGCAUAGCUCACUUUCUAGUUUACUGCCUUUCUAGAAAACUGAUUCUUUUUAGAAAUGCUCUAGACUUAUCUUUCAUCUUCAAGAUUCCAAAAGUAUUGCACUUGGCUACUUCUACUCGUGUUCUGAAACGACACCUGUAAAGUCUUUUUCUGCCAUCACUCCGAAACAAUUUGACUUUUUAUUCUGAGUCUCCUUGAUGUUUCUUCCUGCCAUUUACUUCAUUGUAGCAUUAAAAUUAGUGAUAUUCUAUUUUAAGGGGACUAGAAUUGUAACAAGAGUAAGUAAAUAAAAAUUCUCAUAAGUUUAAGUUUAUCUUCUAAAUACCCCCCCCCCCCACAGUGUUAGUUAAAAAUACAGAGGGAUAAAAACAACUUUAGGUGCAAGCCAAAGAAAUUUCACACUGGCAAGUUAAUUCAGAGCAUUAUUGCCUUAGAUUGAAGAGGACAUAAAGAUUAAAUGGCAUCUUUUACAUCUCACCUAACUGUGCUGUUUCUCAGACGCAUGCCAGAUCACCCUACCGUCAUAGCUGCCAUUUCAACAUGAGACCAGAUCACAUUAAAGGUGUCCCAAAAAGUUACACUUCAAAAGUUAAAUUUUGAAAACCUCAAGAUUUAAAAUAUUUUUUCCCUUGGGCAUGAUUUAAACUCAGUGGGUGAGGCUUCAUUUUAACCCUUCUAUGUUCUUGUUAUAUUAUGUUGGGUUUCCAAUUCAGAAUUUAAAAUUACGAGUAGUUGGGAUGGGAGAGGGAUGGGAACAAAGGUGAAGCAGAAUGCCUUGGGCUUUGGAAACAAGUCAGAAAUGAGAAGUAAAUUCCCACCCCAUUGGAUUGGGUAGAGAAUUUGAAAUUGUAACCUGCCAUUUGCUUUUAUGUGCACUUAUAUUUAAAGUGAGCAAAGUGUGACCCACAGGCUUCAUGCAGCUCUUGGCAAUCCCCCAGGAGCCCCUCUAAUACCCUACAUGUCUCCAAUGUUUACUUUUUUGUUGGUUAGAUUUUGGGGGUGAUUUUUGUUCCCCAAACCUUUAAAAAAAUUCUUUAAAACCCUUCCCCCGAAAACUUUUCAAACUAGAUAAUAAAAAGAUAAAAGAAAAGCUAGCCAAAAUGACAGCCAGAAGUGACAUCCCAUCACUUUAGGUGUGCUGAAAUACAAUGCUGCAUAAUACUGAGUGGGAGCAACAAGGAGGAAAUGGCCACUGUCCUUUCUGCCGCUGCCCACCCACCUUAUUCCUUCCAGUCUCUUUCAGAGAGAUCUCCCCCACCCACUAAUUUUCUGUAUAGCAAAAUAGUAUUCCAAGAUGUAGUUUUAAGAUCUUCUUUUUCUAAAGUAACUACUGCAUACAGCAGCGGAUCAAACGAUAUGUCAUCGCUCCAUUUUUCAGCAAUCAUGAAUGAAUCUUUAGAUGGAAGGGUUUCUCUUUGCUUACAUAUCAUUUUUCUUUUUCAUUUGGCACAUUUUAAGAACUACAUAGUUGCAUCAAUAUUCCAGCUUCCUGAGGGUAUGCUUUAUUCCGGCCACAGGGGGAGCAGCAGCUAAAUAGUGCUGUAAGAAAAAAAUAUUAAUCAGAUUUCAACAGUUUAUGGCUAUAUAUGAUUGUCCCUAGUGGUUUUAUGUGGCCCACAUUGCUCAUACAUGUGUGACAGCAAAACCCACAGGGCAGACAGCAGACCUUGUGAGCAAUCCAAAAACUGUUCACCCCUUGGUAUAUGGCUGACAUUACAUGGGAGUAGUCAUUUUUUAUGUAGAAAAAAGUGUACUGUCUGAAACGGCAUGUAGAGAUAAGAGUACUGCAGUUUUAUUUUUCUUAUUUAGUUGCCAGUAUCCUGGCAUUUGUGCACCAGAAAACAAAUAUUCCAGGUAGGAUAUUGAUUAGAAAUCUGUAGGAGGUGCCAAAAAUGUCUUCUGUAUCUCUCUGUGAAACUAUUCAGAUGAACAAGAUUAUAGCUGAGGCUUGUUUGAACUAUGUUUUUCAGUAUGUUAUCUAUAAUAAAAGACAGUGGUUUGCUGCUGUUGGAAGUCAGAUUGGAGUGGUAGGUUGAUAUUCAAAUCCUAUUUGAGGUUAGCAAUAAAAGGCAUUCCAUUUGGGAGCAGAGUUUGUUUGUCUUGACUUUUAUACCUUGAGCAAUAUUUCUACUUGCAAAUGCAGGCUUAUCACAUUGAAAACUGAGUGUCAUAGUACCAACGUCCAUGUAUCAAAUAUUAAGUUUCCCCCCACCCCCCACCUUUUUUUUUUUUUUGGCAAGUUAUGAAAAUUGUCUUCUCUGGGACUUUUGGUUUCUUUCCUAAAUGCACUGACAUGAUUUCAUUCAAAAGGGCUUUAAAUUAAGAGGCUUUUAAAAUGCUGGGUCUGAAUAUGAUGUAUUGAUUUCUGAAAAAUCUGCACAGCUAUUCAUAACAGGGUAUGUAUAUAAGCUUUCUGAAAAAUAAAAUUGUCCUUAUGUUUUUCUUUGAGUGAAUUCAUAGCCUUUGUGCUAAUGGGUUUGGCAAGAAUGUUUUAUCCCUUUUUGGACGGAGUUGUUAAAAACAUGUUUCGGUGCCAAAACAGCACGAUAUGAAAACUCUUGGAUCACAACAUAUGUUGCCAUGUGUUGGAUCAGUUUUUUAGUUAUAGACUUAUGGGGAUACUUGGGAUGGAAUUUUGUGCAUGUGUGCAUAUCCUGUUCUACCUUUUAUAAUAAAGAACAAUUCCAUGUCCAAACAUAAUUGGACUCGGUUUAUUAUGGUAUGCUUUCAGAUUAUGAUGUGAAUAUGGGAGGAUUAAGAAGUCAUCAAGUUAGAUAAUUUUCUAAUUGACGUUCCAUUUACAGCUCCCCCACACCACCUGUCUUUAGUUUGGGAGGCAGUACCUCCUUGAAUCAAUGUCAAGAGUAUACUAGAGCAGGACUACCUAAUCUUUUUCUGCUUGCAGCCCCUUUCCACCUGAGAAAUUUUUACAUGACCUCAGUAUGUAUGUUUAUAAAAUACGUAUAAAAACCAAGAAUUUACUGUUAAUAAAUCAGUAUUUGCUAAA